AUGAGAUUACUAUCCGCUUUGAACUUGAAAACUUUAUCCUCUCUUUUAGCCAUUGUCUCUUUAACAAAUGCUGCCGCUGAAGAAGAUGCAAUCGCUUCACCAGAUUCUGCUGUUGUUAAAUUAACUCAAGAAACUUUUUCAAAAUAUAUUAAUGAAAAUCCUUUAGUCUUAGCUGAAUUCUUUGCUCCAUGGUGUGGUCAUUGUAAAGCUCUUGGUCCAAAUUUUGCUAAAGCUGCUGAUAUUCUUGAUUCAAAAAAUAUUCAAUUAGCUCAAAUUGAUUGUACUGAAGAACAAGAAUUAUGUCAAGAACAUGGUAUUAGAGGUUAUCCAACUUUAAAAGUCUUUAGAGGUGAAUCUGAUCCAAGUGAUUAUGAAGGUCCAAGAUCUGCUGAUGGUAUUGUUGAUUAUAUGAUUAAACAAUCAUUACCUCCAGUUUCAUUAUUAGAAGAAACUUCAGAUAUUGAUGAUUUUAUUUCUGAAGCCUCUGCUGCUGUUAUUGUGGAAACUGGUUCAAAACAAAAUGAAACUUUUUAUAAAUUGUCUGCAUUACAUAGAGAUGAAUUUUCAUUUGUUCAAACUUCAAAUAAAGAUUAUACCAAGAAAUAUGGUAAAGAUAAAUUUUUAGUAUUUUUACCUGAUACAAAAGAUCCAGUUAUUUAUAAAGGUGAUGAAUCUUAUGAAAAUUUAGUUGAUUGGUUAAGUGUUGAAACUAAACCAUUAUUUGGUGAAUUAGAUGGUUCAACUUAUCAAUCUUAUAUGACUUCAAAUUUACCAUUAGCUUAUUUAUUUUAUAAUACUCCAGAAGAAAGAGAAGAAUGGAAAUCAACUAUUGAAAAAAUUGCUAAAGAACAAAGAGGUAAAAUUAAUUUUGUUGGUCUUGAUGCUUCAAAAUAUGGUCGUCAUGCUGAAAAUUUAAAUAUGGAUCAAGAUUUCCCAUUAUUUGUUAUUCAUGAUAUUUCAUCAAAUAAAAAAUUUGGUUUCCCACAAGAUAAUUCAUUAUCAAUCAAGACUUUACCAAAAUUCAUCCAAAAUUAUUCAAGUGGUAAAUUAGAACCAAAAGUUAAAUCUGAAGAAAUUCCAACAAAACAAGAAACUUCAGUUUUGAAAAUUGUUGGUAAAACUCAUGAUCAAAUUGUUAAAGAUGAAACAAAAGAUGUCUUGGUUAAAUAUUAUGCUCCAUGGUGUGGUCAUUGUAAAAGAUUAGCUCCAAUUUAUGAAGAAUUAGCUGAUAAAUUCCAAUCUUCAAGUGAAGCUAAAGAUAAAGUUAUAAUUGCAAAUGUUGAUGCAACUUUAAAUGAUGUUGAUGUUGAUAUUUCAGGUUAUCCAACUUUAAUCUUAUAUCCAGCUAAUGAUAAAUCUAAUCCAAUUGUUCAUCAAGGUGGUAGAGAUUUAGAAUCUUUAGCUUCAUUUAUUAAAGAAAGUGGUUCAUUUAAAGUUGAUAUUGAUUCUUUAGAAGCUGAUGUUAUACCUGUUAAAGAAAGUGAAGAAACUGCUGCUUCAAAAGAAACUGAUAUUACUCAUGAUGAAUUAUGA